UGAACCUCUGGAUGGUCGCGGUCUGACGGGUCUCGGCGGAGGGACGCUGCAGAGCAAGGUGGUGAGGUCUCUUCCUUCUCCACGCCCUGUCAUUAUCCCCAUCCGCAGCUGCCCAGCACCAUGUCCCCUCCAGCAUCGGCUGCCACGGCGACUGAAAGCAGCACCACCACCGUUUUCGAGGAGGACACCAGAGAGGAGCAAAGACCCCUGAAGCAGUCCCUGAGAAAGUCUCUGUGUCGGGAGAGUUUCUGGAAAUGCCUGCUUCUCUCUAUUCUCAUGUACGGCUGCAUGGGGGCGAUGGUUUGGUGUCAUGUCACCAAGGUCACCCGCCUCACCUUUGACAGUGCCUUCAAAGGGAAAUCCAUGAUGUACCAUGACACCCCCUGCUCUGAUGGCUAUAUCUACAUCCCUCUGGCCCUACUGGGCAUGCUCUAUUUAGUCUACCUUGUGGAGUGCUGGCACUGUCAUGUGAAGAACGAGCUGCAGCACAAGGUGGACGUGGAAGGCAUCUACGAGCGUGUCCAGAGGAUGCAGCAGGCCAAACCCUGUAUCUGGUGGAAGGCCAUCAGCUACCACUAUGUUCGCCGAACUCGACAAGUCACACGCUACCGAAAUGGGGACGCUUACACGAGUACCCAGGUUUACCAUGAACGUGUCAACACCCAUGUGGCUGAAGCGGAAUAUGACUACAGUCCCUGUGGUGUGAAAGAUGUUUCAAAACAGCUGCUGGGCUUGGAGAAGUCUGCUCUCACAAAGAUGCGGUUCACCAAGUGCUUCAGUUUUGCCAACGUAGAGUCAGAGAACUCCUACCUUACGCAGCGUGCAAGGUUCUUCACCGACAACGAGGGCCUUGACGACUACAUGGAAGCCAGGGAGGGCAUGCACCUGAAAAACAUUGACCUGAAGGAGUACAUCCUGGUGAUGUCUGACCCAGAGCACCACCCCUGGUAUCUGUCCCACUACGUCUUCUGGUUCGUCUCAUUCCUCACUUUCUCCUGGCCGCUCAGAGUCUUCACAGAGUAUCGUACUGCAUACGUCCACUAUCGUGUGGAGAAGCUCUUUGGGCACGAUUACCUCCCGGUGACCCCAUGCGAAGAGCGGCCAUAUUGGCGUCGCAUCCCUCGUGUUAACACAAUUGACAGUACUGAAUUAGAGUGGCACAUUCGGUCCAACCAGCAGCUUGUGCCCAGUUACUCAGAGGCUGGCCUGAUGGACCUGGCCCAGUGCCCGUCCAGCUUCAGCGGGAUCCGUCAGAAUUGCGAGCGCUGCCAUCGAACCAUGAGCUGCUCCUCUGUGUUCUCCAGGAGCGCCCUCAGCAUCUGCACCGGUGCCAGCUCCCGCAUCCCCUUCAGCAGCAGCCGAUUCUCCCUGGCCCGUCGCUACGGCUCCCAACGCAGCUGCUUCUGGAGGAGCGGCAGUCUGGAUGACCAGGAGAGCCCCAGUGAAAAUACCCGCUGUCUAUCUGAGCGUCUCGCCACAGGCGAAGAGGAACCCCCUGACUAUAACGAUGCUCUUUGCUACCCAGUGCUUAUUGUCCACUGCAGCGACAACUGCCACCACCACAGGUCGUUCCACAGACAUGGCUCCUGUGUGGAGACGUCUUUAUAACCAUGCAUUCCCUGACGGAGCAAAGGGGCAUUUCUGUAGCAUACAAACACUUUAUAAACACUUGUCUUAAUGUGAAGGGACACGGAUUUAUGUUAUAUUGCCAUACUAUCUGAAACAGAUGCCCGAAUCCUGAAUGUGUAGAUCACUAAAGCAAUAACAGUGAUUAGCGGACAGAGAACAAAGUGACAAUGGUUUGUGAACCACAUUGUUAGAGUGUAUCUGCUUGGCUUCCUAUGAAACUCAAGAAAAGAGUGUCACUGUGUCUGUCAUUGCCAUAGAGUUUAAGAUCUCGUAAUGUGCAGUCCAUAUGAAACUGACACUGACACUGACUCUGCAGUUACCUCAUGAGACCUUUUCAGAGGCCACGGAAGAGACGGACAGGUUUAAACAGCUCCUUCAGUCAGUGAGAUCUCACAAACACAAACACAUCAGAAAUGAAAGAUCAGAUAAUGCUGAUAAUGCAGAUAUUUUCACACGUACUACUGCCAAUUACAGCAAUAUCUGAGUAUCAAGUUAACUGCUUUAUGUUGCACUUAGGCACAUCACAGACAUUCAUUGUUGGAAACCUUCGAUUGAAGUCCUGGGUACGUUCACUCACUGUUAUACUGAUAUCCAAAAAAUAUUAUUUCACUCUUGUGAAAUUAAAUUAUUCUAUUUCACUUAUGUUGUGGAACAGUGUUGUAAAUAACUUUUUGGUUUACCGACUUAAAGAAACAAAAUAAGAUCUACUUGCUUAGUCACUUGAGUUAGUGACUUCCUACAUUUCCCACAAUGCCCUUUGGCAACUGCAGACAACCGGUUCAGGUUUAAUUUGUACUGUUGGUGGAAAGCAAUAUAAAAAUAUAAAAAAGAGCCAGUGGUGAAUUUAAGAAAAAUGUAGGACUUCUGCCCUUUACUGAGCACAUAGCUGUCAUGUUGCUGCAUUGCAUUGUGGGUGAUGCGCUUCCUCUACAGUGGAUUUCUCCCUGUCUGACUGUCGACUGUUGGUGCUUUAUGGCAGCUGCAAAAACAAACAUCCCUGACUGUUGGAUGUUGAUGGACUAACAUCUUGAACAUGAUGUUUACAGUUGAUAAACAUGUUCAAUCUCCCCUGUGGAUGUUGAACUUAAUCUGCAAGGAAAUAUGAAACCGCAAAUCAUAAUCAGAGAAGCUUUUAAUGUUGUGAAGGUGUUUCAGGCAGGAUUUCUGCUUUCAUAUUUGAUUAAUUUGUCUUGACUGACCCAGAAACUGGAGCCCACAACUGGGCCAUGAGUCUUUUCCUUGACCAACCAAGAUAUAGCACAAACGUCCACCAUCCAAAAUAACCUAAACAAGUACUUUAGUGUUUCUUACAGUUUGUCUUAAAUUUGACUUUUUUUGCUGCCCACUGCCACGACACAAUCUUGCCGGCAACUGUGUGACAAGCGCAUUAAUGUGUCAAUAUGUCAUUUCCUUACAACCAGACAAGAUAAGGACAGGUUUACACUGCAUCUGCUACACAUUUGAAUUUGAGUCCUGACCAUAAUCAUCUGACAAACAACUAAAGAUGUUGUGGAUUAAGGUGCAUAAAGACCAAGAGCUUAUCAAAGACCUUAUCAAAGUUGCAUGAUUUCCCUCUGCUAAGAUAAUGUCUUUAAAACUACGAAACUUACCUGAAUGUAAACCACCAGCAUAUAUGAUAUACUGUGGUAUAUGUCCCAUGUCUAGUAAAGGAUGAUGCUCCAUUUUUAAGCUGUAAACUGAGGAUUUCACUGUCUGGCGUGUACUGAAUGUGCUCAGAGAGGCAAAAACAAAGAGCACACCGACAUAUCACCAUGUUUCUACAGAGACUUUGGCUGUUGACAUCUAACUUAUAAAUAGGAUCCCUGACUCUUUUUGAAUCGGGUUUACAGGCUGUAUAUGCAAGGAUGUAAAUGCACUUACGUUUACACUUGGACAUCUUAUGACCUUUGUAAUACUGACUUUUUGUACAACACCUCACAGGAUCAUAUUGAAUGCUUCCUAGCAAAUAAGAUAUUGUUGUUACUUUGCUUUCAAUUAUGUGGUGACACAAGUAUUAUGCACUUGAAAUGACACUCAUGGACAUUAUGAAUUGUAGCUGAAUGUUGGCGUAAAUCCCCUUAGAGUAAUAAAGUAUUCAAU